CAUCCCGGCAUGCUGCUCGCUGAAUUACCCUUCAGAGGACAUCAUAUCAAAAGGACGGUAGAGGGAUAUUUGCGAGACGUUAUCAGCUACAGUCUGUUAAAUCUGAAGAUGGCUGAAGCAAUGCAGGAGAAGAUCAAGAACUACAGGACCGCUCCCUUUGAUGCCCGUUUCCCCAAUACGAACCAGACCCGCAACUGCUUCCAAAACUACCUUGACUUCCACAGGUGUAACAAGGCUCUCUCAGAGAAAGGCCAGGAUGUAGCUCCAUGUGACUGGUAUCAGAGGGUCUACAAGAGUCUUUGUCCAAUGAGCUGGGUCAGCAAAUGGGACGAGCAGAUUGAGAGCGGAAGCUUCCCUGGGAAGAUCUGACCGGCUGCACCGUGACCCUGUGCUAAUCGCUCAAUGACGCUCCAGCAUUCUUAACGUUCUGCCGUGGCAUUGGCCUGUGCUUAGUCAUCAUUUGUCCUCGUCUUCCACUUGGAAGUACAUGCCGGCUUUACGCCGUUUCUCCACCAGCUCGGUUUGGUGAGUUUUAGUGACUGCUGAACUGGCCAAACUGGGGUAGGAAGAUAUUCUUGAUUUUAUUUGUUAAAACUUGAGAACAAGUGUUGAUUGAACCCCGGCCAUUUUGUCAUUUUGUUGAUGUUUGUUACAGGAAUAAAGCUGUAAAGCUUAAUAAAGCUGGUCCGCUAACAUAA